UUGUUGGCAUCGUCACGACCAGCAUCGUCACGACCAGCACCGAGGCCGCAGUCCUCCCGAAUCCACACCGCAACACCAGCAACAGCAGCAGCACCAAGCGCCAGACGCCACAGCGCUGUUUGCAAAUCACAUCGGCGACAGAUCACCCAGAAACACCCGCCAAGAUGGCUAUGGCAGCAAAGUCCCGGACAAAUGUCCGUCUCCCCCCCGAAGUCAACCGGGUUCUCUUUAUCCGGAAUCUGCCUUUCAAAAUCACGGCCGAGGAGAUGUACGAUCUCUUUGGAAAAUAUGGCCCUAUCCGACAAAUUCGGGUAGGAAAUGCUCCAGAUACCAAGGGCACGGCCUUUGUCGUAUACGAGGACAUCUUUGAUGCCAAGGCCGCUUGCGAUCACCUGAGUGGAUUCAACAUCAUGAACAGAUACCUGAUCGUCCUCUACUACCAACCCAACAAGGCGACAAAAAAGAAGGAUCUCGACAAGCGGGAGGAGGAUCUGGAAAAUCUGAAGCGCAAGUACGGAGUCGACGACGAAUGAGCCUUUGUGGACUUUGGAAGCAUCGCCUUCGAGCAGCUCUCACAGCGACGGCCGUGCGUUGAUGCCAUCACUUAGGUUGGAGACCCGACCGGCACGGCUACUCUCUUACAGCCAAUCCAAUAAAAAGCAGGUUUUGGCCGUUGGUGACUGAUAUCACUCAA